AUUAAAAUUAAAGACUGAUAGAGGUCGGUGUUUAAUAUGUUUCAACCCAAAUGUCACAUGACCUGCUAUAAAACGCAUGCGCAGUUUCAAUACCGGAAAUAGAUGACAAUCCGCAGGUGUGUCAUGAUUGUCGUGGAGUUCACCAUUUCGAACAUCAUAAAACCAUUAUUUCAACUUAGUUUAGUGAAAACUGCGAUACUGUUUAGAAAAUUAGGGCGUGAAAACGUUUCCGAUGUUGGAGAAAUCAUUUAGACAUUUUCGCGAACGCCGCUCAUUCACAAUGUCCACAUAGACAACAUAAUUUGCAGCAUCGCCGCAGUGGUACUGGUAGCCAUUUUAAUCACUUGACCUGUCGACCCUGGUUCCAAACAGUAUUUUUACAACAUGGCCACGGCGAGUUCGAAAGGAGAAAAAGUGGAUGUUGCGUUGUUCUACCACGACAGCGAUGAGGAUAAAGCGAAGGAGCUACGAGGAGCUUUAGAGAAGCCGCAGGAGCGUACCUUCACAGUUAAAUCUUGCGAUGAUUUCCCAGCGGGAACGUACACGAUUGACAAUCAGAUCGACCUCAUAGAACACUCCUGGUGUGUGGUGCUGAUAGUCACUGAUCGUUUUGUCAAGGAUGAGACUAACAAGUUCGAGACUUAUGCUUCCCUACAGCAUAGCAUAGACGAAUGCAAGUAUAAGGUUAUUCCAGUGAAAUAUUCGAAGGGUAAUAUCGCCUUGAAUGCAAUACAAGGUGUUAAAGGCUCCGAUCCACUCGAUAAACAAGCAGGAAAAAUACGGAAAGCAGUAGACAAUUUGAAAAAGGAGUCUAAAAAACGGGAAUUACCGAUCAAGAAAUAUCAAAUUAAGGCAGAGCUUAUCCUCGACCGCGCCGUGGAACUACUUCGUCAGCAAUGUGACGUUGACGGCAAUAUGAAAGUCCUUCAUCAAACCAUGAAAGAUGCUGUUGAAAACAGAUUCGAGAAAAACCCAAAAAAGGACAUCAGGCUUGACACGGAAUGCUCUUGUCUCCGAGGCAAAUUAUGGAUGACGGAAAUCAGGCAAAAAAAGUAUUGGGCCGUCGCCGAUCCAGAACCUUUCAAUAACAUUGACAGAGGCUCAAGACACCAACACUCGGAUGACAUUCAUCAGCUGUACGAGCCCGGUGGGUUCAUCAAACUCGCCUGGGUGUUCUUGUUCAAGAAACCGAUGCCAACAGUGGACCUCUCCGGCUCCCAGAUACCCAGCUUGUGUGGAUAUCUGGACCGAGAAGCACUUCUUAGGCUGCUACACAGAUGCAGUGUGUUCGACAUCCCUGCUGAGAAAAGACCAUCGAUUGAAAACGUAUGUCAUAAAAGACACAUCUUUUUUUAUGUGGCAAUGAGGCUAGUAUAUAAUUAGGCCCAAUAUUAACUAGGCGGGCAAAUCACGAUUUGCCCCCAAAUUCUUUUCUUUUAGAACAUUUUGUGUGCGCUGCCAUGAUUUUGAAGUUUUGUAAAAACAAAAACAAGGGUGGAAGCCGUGAACGG